UCGGCUCCUGCUCUUACGGAGCGCGGCCGCCCACCUCGCUGCCCUCUCCGGGAGCGCCGUCCCCACCAGCCCUCCCGCCACUUCGUCGUCCUUCCUCCCUUCCGUUCGCUCAGAAGGCUAUCCUCCCCUCUCCUUUAGCGCCGCUCUUCCCCGCCCACGCGGCUGGGAAAGACCCUAGCAAGGCGGAUCCCCCUCCGCCCGCCGCAGUAGCCUUCGCCAGGACUCUCCGAGGGUGCCACCGCGACUGCAGCCCUCACCACGCCAUCCCUUUCCCCCCCGCAAGAAGGCGGCGGGACCUCGGGUGGCGCGCUGCCCCUUUGGACGGCUGGUUCUCUGCGCCUCCUCGAAAUUUUGGGAUUCUUCUGCACUUUGGUACAGCCUCGCGUUAGCGGCUGCAGAGCGCGAGGCUGAGGAGCGAAGGCGCUUGAGCACAUCAUUCUUGGAAGUAUUCCUAGGAGGGUUACAGUGAAGCCAGAGGAAGAUUAAACAGUCUUGGAUUUAAAGCCCAGAAAAAAAGAAAGCACACGAUGGCCUUAGUUCUGCUAAUUUCCACUCUUGCCUUCAGCCUCACAAGUGGAAUAAAACUACAAGAUUUUAGCUGGCAGUUAAAAAAAAUACCACAGAUUGUGAAGGAAAAGACUUUCUUCCUUGACACUCCUAAAUAUGAAGCCAGUGGCAAAUUAGAACUGAGCGGCGUGUGUGGGAUUGAAUGCCAGAGGACAUUGCCAGUGCCACGUUGGUCUGAUCUGAAGGAGCUGCUUUCCUAUGAGACAGUCUUUGAGAAUGGCACGAGGACCCUGACAGAAGUGGAGGUUCUGGGAACGGAGCCCAAUGCAGUUGUAAACAUUACUAGUAAGAUGCCAACGAGAAGGAAGAGACAGGUCUAUGGUACAGACAGCAGAUUCAGCAUUUCAGACACUCGAUUUCUGACCAACUAUCCUUUUAACACCGCGGUAAAGAUCUCCACGGGCUGCACUGGCAUCCUUAUUUCUCCAAAGCAUGUACUCACUGCUGCCCAUUGUGUGCAUGACGGUAAAGAUUACAUUAAAGGCAGCAAGAAACUGAGAGUGGGAAUGUUGAAGCUGAAAUCCAAAGGCACGGGCAAGAGACGCAGGGGAGCCAAGAGAAGUAAGAGGGAGAUGCCAGAAGUCGAAGAGGAUGAGGUUGACUCCAAACCCCAGAAAAGGAGAUCUGGCGGUAGAGCUGGCAGAAAACAAAAGACACCCAUGUUGAAUGAGAGGAAGUCAGAGCGUAAGCCCUCCUUCCAGUGGACCAGGGUUAAAAGUACUCAGAUCCCCAAAGGCUGGACAACCGAUGUGACAAGAGAUGUUGCAGUGGAUUAUGACUAUGCAGUUUUGGAACUCAGGCGUCCCCACAAGAAGAAAUACAUGGAACUUGGCGUCAGCCCGGAUAGCAAGAUGAUUCCUGGAAAUAUGAUCCAUUUUUCUGGAUACGAUGCAGACCGAGCUGGCCAACUGGUUUAUCGCUUUUGCAGCAUAUCUGAUGAAUCCAAGGAUCUCUUCUAUCAGUAUUGUGAUGCUGAGCCUGGUUCUACUGGUUCAGGAAUCUACCUUCGCCUUAAAGAACCAGACAAGAAGAAAUGGAAACGCAAAAUUAUUGCCAUUUAUUCUGGUCAUCAGUGGGUGGAUGUUCAUGGAGAACAACAGGAUUACAAUGUUGCAGUUCGAAUUACACCCCUCAAAUAUGCUCAGAUUUGCCUCUGGUUAGGGAAUAAUGACACCUGUGCACAGGGCUAAAGGUAAUACAGGAUUACUUAAUAUCUAGUAGUGUUAGGCAAUGGAAGUCGUACAUUGAUUUGCUUUGAUUGUAUUUGAACUUGAUGCCAGAAAUUAGAUUUUUUUUGUAUUGAGGAACAAAAACAAACACCUCAGCAUUUAUGAGAAUUUUUCUGCUAGGUUAAUUAAGUUUACCAUAGACAUGAGGUACACUUAAAUCCCAGGUUGUGUAUCGUAUAUGUACCGUAUAUGUCUCUCUGUGUGUACACACAAACACACAAAUAUAUAGGUAAGUUUAAAUCAUACUAAAGAACAAACAUUCUUUGCUCUUUCAGUUUGUUACUCAGUUAACAUUUUAAAGAAAAGUUUCUUCUCUGGUAAUUGGUAUUAUUAAAACAUUUAUUAUUUUAUUUCCAACAUAUUAACUUAUCUCAGGGUUCUGCUCAAAUAAGCAUCACACAUUCAUUAUUAAAACAUAGAGGUUAGACAAGAGAAAUAAAGUAAUCUUCACACUUUGAUGGUCCUACCAAAUUAGUGUUUAUGAAAGUGGAAAGCCAUUUUCUUGAAUUCUAAACCAAUAAAAUGAAACUUAAUCAAAGUAGCAUGUUCCCAAUUUGAAGAAAAGAGAUCCAUGUAAUUUAAAUGCCUUUAAAUCAUAUUUAGAAAAUAAAACUGGAAGUAUUGAAAUUGUAUUUGUUUUAUUCAGUCACUACUUUGAACAAAUUCCUGCCUUUUAAAAUUAUUAUUAAGGUGCAAUAGUAACAUUUUUGUAUUGAAAUUUUUUAAACUAUCAAAAGCUAAGUGUAUCAGCCUAUCAAAAGUAGGAGAUAACAGUAGCCCAAGAAGCCAUAUAUAUGCUCGUAAUGGUAAGAGUAGCUUGACGAAGAAAAGAACAGCUCUAUAGUCUAAAAUGUAAUUGUAUUGAAAUGUACAUAAAAGCUUCACCAUAAAGGUAACAUGAGAUGCACAAGUUGUAUGUUUCUCAACCUCAACGGCUUUGAGAUAUGAAAACUUCAAUUCCUUAAAUUCCAAGCAGUGGUUAUGCUGACUGAGGAUUUCUGGGAAUUGAAGUCCUAGAAGUUGCUGAGAUUGGAAAACCCUGUAUUAGGAUUUAUCAGUGAAUUUAUUUAUCAUUUCUUUCUUCAAAUGAUAGGCCACAUUGUGGAAGCAGUCCUUCAGAGUUCCACCACAACCACCAAAGCCAAUAAUUAUUUGUUAAUUAAUCAUGAUCUAAUGUUUACAGAAUUUGUAGGUUAACAUUUAUGUAAAUAUAUUACUGAUUUCUUAUGUAGCAAGGAUUCUUAUGGGUUCUUUUACUAGAAAAGGAUUUAAAGUAGGCUUGUUAUUUAAAAUGUACACAUUUCAGUAGCUUUUCAAAAUAAACUCUACUGUGCUUUCUGCUUCAAAGAUUGUCAUGUACGUGAAGCAGUGAUGAGUUCAAAUUUUUUUACUACCGGUUCUGUGGGUGUGGCUUGGUGGGCGUGGCAUUGCUUGGUGGGCGUGGCUUGGUGGGCAUGGCAGGGGAAGGAUACUGCAAAAUCCCCAUUUCCUCCCGUCAGCUGGGACUUGGGAGGCAGAGAAUAGAUGGGGGUGGGGCCAGUCAGAAGUUUUACUACCGGUUCUCCGAGCUACUCAAAAUUUCCGCUACCAGUUCUCCAGAACUGAUCAGAACUUGCUGAAACCCACCUCUGAUGUGAAGGCCAUUUGGAGAAGACAAAAUCAUUGGAACUUUUAUUUAAUAUGCAAGGUUAAGGUGAAAUAUUCCUGGCCAUAUGUAAUCUUGGUUUUAUUAAUAUUACAAUAAUUUCAUUUUAACUUGAAUUGAUCAACAUUUUGGUAAAAAAAUGUGUAAUAAGAAACAAAAGGUUUUAAAUAUAUGUAUAAAUGUGAAAAUCACUAAAUUCUUAAAAGCACUUCAGUUUGAAUAAAAUAAUCUUAACAUAUUUUUUUUUGCUAUACCACUUUUGAAAAAGUAUUAAAUGUACAAUUCACAUGCAAAGAUUUUUCUUAUUUCUGUGUAAAAUGUGCAUUUGAAAAUAUUCCAUAUCAAAUU